AUGGUGUGGCAGGCCAACAACAGACCGCCCACCAGGUCGGUCAAGCCGCUGCUGAAAGGCGCCCUGGUCACGUUCAUCCUGACCUUCAUCUUGACGAGCACCUACAUGUACCGCGACACGAUAGCCACCAAAGCCUCUACGAUCAAGUUCACCGACGGCGAAGCGACCGACUAUUUCAAGUACCCCUUCAACGCCAGCGACGCCCACGCGAACCCGAUAGACUGGCUGAUCCACGACGCGCGAACGAGACAAGAUGCGGUGCUCCAGAAACGGAGCCGCACGCUGCACAACGCCGCCCAGCGAUACCGGGAGCGCCGCGGCAGACACCCGCCUCCGGGCUUCCAGGAGUGGUUCCGCCAUGCCGCCGAGACCGACGCGAUUGUGGUCGAAGAGUUCUUCGACCGUAUCUACGACGACUUGAGGCCGUUCUGGGCUCUCGAUGCGAAGACGAUCACAGGCCAGGCGAACGCGGGAGAGCACGUGGUUCGGGUACGCAACGGCACGGCAGUGGGCGAGGGAGACACGGAGGGCAAGGAGCCGUGGCUGGACUUGUGGACGGCGCUUGUGUCCGAGUUUUCGGAACAUCUGCCGGACGUGGAUAUGCCCAUCAAUUAUAUGCAAGAGCCGCGCCUCCUGGUGCCGUGGAAGGAGAAGGAGAAACUGGCGGCGAAGGAGGAGAAGGCCCGGAAGAUGCCCACCAAGAACAAGGCAACAAAUGACUUCAAGGGCCUGGCGGCUGUCGAUGGCGCGAGAGGCAAGCCGUACUCGAAGGGUUGGACAAGCGGAGACCGUCGCAAGUACUGGGACCUCGUUCGCGAGGCUUGCCCUGGUGACUCCCCAGCUAGAAACGUGCCCGCGGCAACAGACCUGUCUCUCCCGCCGACGCUGCCAUACUCCUGGCAAGCACCAUUCUCGCGGCAAGGCUACGUUCAAAACUUCACCAGCUCUCAAGACCCCUGCGUACAGCCUCACCUGCGCUCUCUCCACGGAACCUUUGUCGAGCCGUUGAACGUCAACACCACCAAGGAUCUCAUUCCGAUCUUCAGCGGUUCCAAACUCCGCGUCAAUUCGGACAUUCUCAUCCCGGGCGCCAUGUACCUCUCAGAAGACGAGGCCUACACCGGCGGUACCUCCCAUGGGCCUGCUUGGCCGGACAAGUUGAACCGCCUCGUCUGGCGCGGUGUCGGCUCUGGCGGUCUCGCGCAGUCGGACAACUGGAUGCACUUCCACCGCCAGCGCCUCGUCGAGAUGCUCAACGGCACCACAGUCCGCGGCAUGGAGGCCAACGACGUCCGCGCCAUGACGUUCGACAUGCCGCCCCUGGAACGCUACAACACCACACGCCGUCGUGAGAAGCGUCUGGGUGAUUUUCUCUCGGGAUUCGCGGACGUGGGGUUUACUCACUUGUCGUGCGGGCCCAGUCACGACAAGGAAUGCGACUGGCUUGCGCCGCACCUCUCCGUCGUCAACGCCACGCCCAUGGCAGAGCAAUUCUCGAGCAAGUUCCUCCCCGACGCGGACGGCUACAGCUUCAGCGGACGGUUCCGCGCAUUCAUGCUGUCGACCAGUGUGCCUCUAAAGGCGACGGUGUACACCGAGUGGCAUGACGACCGCCUGAUGCCGUGGCUUCAUUUCGUCCCGCUGGACAACACAUUCCAAGACCUCUACGGCGUUCUGGACUUCUUCACCGACGGCGACGACGAAGCGCCCUCUAAAUGGGACGUUCACAAAGUUCUGGGCAGGAAGAGCAAGGGCGAUGACGCUGCGAGAUGGAUCGCGGAACAGGGGAAGGAGUGGGCGGACAAGGUUCUCAGGCGCGAGGACAUGAGGUUGACCGCCAUCUCCGACGUGGCCGGCUUCUUGGCGGCGCUGGAGCGCGAAGAAACCAUGGAGUUCAAAAGUCGCCAUUGCGGCCCCGUCGUCCGGAGACGGGACCGUCGUUCGCAUGAAGAGAAGAUCGCGUCUGCCGACUUCUAUGCCGAGGAAAUUGACGAGAAGAUGGUGAUUGCGAACACUCGGCACUCAGAAGACGCACCUUUACUCGAGGUCGCUGAAGAAACCCCCAUUGAGAUGUCUCAUUCAAGGCCCAUACGGAGCCACCGCUGCAGAGUUCGCCGGCUCCUCCGCCUCCAUCGUCAUCGCGAUGCCUCCGAGAACAGCGAGGGCUCAAAGAAGACCCGGGACGCACCAGUCGAGAAACACGAGGAACUGUACACCAAAGACGGCGUCGGUCCGAGCCAGGGCUGGGCGUACAACCUCGCCAUCGGCCUCGCGUGGUAUAUGCCGGCGCCUUUCGACUUGAUGCCCCAGGGGUAUCCGUCCCGAUGCUUCUGA